AUGUACGCACUGACGCUAGCCGGCAUUCCCAUCUCCAUUGGCGCCAACGAAGCGGUACACCAACAGCGGCUGCUAGACGAAGAAGCAGAAAGCGAUGAGCGCCAAGAAGAGUUCUACCUAGACGUAUUCUGUGACGCGAAGAGUCGGAAGAGGGACGAGGUGGACGGCGCUCUCGUAGUACUGAAAGAUGGCAAGAUACGGCUUUGGCCCAAAGAUCCGGAAACAGGACUACCAAAGCCCGGUCCGAACGAUGAGCAACUACCACAUCCAUUUACCGGUUUCUAUCUACCGUUCCCAUCAUCAGAACUACCGCAUCGCCCAAUGCCUGCAGCGCCAGUGCUAGGCCUCGUCAGUACUGUGCCACCUUCACCACCUCCAUCGCCCGCUUCAUCUGCACCAUCCACGCCAUCUCCCACGCCCUCCAACAAAGCGCCUUCGAAACCCACGAAGCCCAAACUCAAUUGGCUUUAUGCCAACAAGACGACGCGCGAAUUACGCUAUGGACCGCGUGUUGAAGCGAAGAAGCAUACAGUCGGGCCUUGGGACUGGACAGAGGAUGAGCAGGGGCUCACGUUGGAUGGAGAGGAAUGCCUUGUUGCCGUGGAAGAGGAGAAGGGGGGAUAUGGUUGGGCUGUGUACUGGGAUCGGGAAGAUGAUUGUUUGAAGGAGCAAGGGAUAGGCAAGGACAAGAGGGUGCUGAGAUGUAGCUUGGAAAGGAGACUUGUGGAAGAACAGAGGGUUAAAGGUUUGGAUGAGGACUGA